UCUUCUUUGGUUCCUCCCGGCGAGAGUUCCAGCCUAGCCCUCUGGCGGCCGCCGCUAGGGCCAGGGCCUGAUGGCUACGGUGUGCGCUGGACCCUGCGGCGCGUUGGAGCAUGGUGGCCGACAGCCGACAGAAAGAGUGAUCGAUACCUCCCCGUUAUUUACCUUUGAUCUUCCGUUUCCCGAUCUGGUUCUUCAUCCUUUUGUGUUUUUGUUGGAUGAAUCUAGUCAUUGGGUGCUGUUGCUCGCAGGCUGCGGCCAUGGAAGAUCCUGGAGGAAGAUUGACGCCAGCGGAUGCCGAUCUUGUACAGAGCAAUCGAGGAUCCCGUCCCACAGCGCUGACCUGACGGCCUACCCUGUCAGUAGCCUCGCUCAUGCGGGCGUUACAGUUCGUCUCGCCCGUCUAUACCAUGGGAUCGGAGGCCAGGACGCCAAAUUUCCAAAUUUCCAAGCAUGGUGGCUGGAGCGUGAUGUAGGCGUUCCAGGUUUCACGUCACUUCUUCAUAGACCUGGUAGACGGGGAGUAGGAGGAGCAGGAGAUGUGGGUUUCGCAGUGGUGAUGGCUGCAGCCAUGGGACGUUAGGAUGAUCUCGGUGGGAGAUUGACGCUAGCGCGGAUGCCGAUCUUCUCUUGAGCCCCAUGAGGUUUGCCUUAAACUGUUGGGUCUAGUGCACAUUCUAUGGUCAGAGCUGCCGCCUUUUAGCAGGUGGAACUGAAACUUGUACCCAAGUUUCCAUGUCCAUGACAGCACCAUACCGUAGUAAACUUUUCUUUUUGAUAGCAAGAUAGGAGGAAUCUGAAGUCGUACUUGAAGCUUGGCGACAAGAGCUAACAUGCUUUGGAUAACUAAUAUCAUAAUAUAGUACAUGGAAUGAUUCUGCAAUAUUCUUGGUAGGUGGCAUAGGUACUAGCAAGGCCAAAAUGAAGGCAGUUGCCAUUAGCAGAGAGACAAGCGUUGUCAUGUUCUCUUACAUAGGCACUCAAUGAAGCUUAAUCUUAAUUAUCAACAUACGGGCAGUGUUGCUCGAUCAUGUGGGCCUAGCUUGUCAUGCCUUAUCUUCCACACUUCUACGUCGGUGCAUGGCAUAAGGGGAUAUGAAUGGCCAUAUGUUCAUCUGUGUGGGGGAAAAUCCUCAUAGGGCUGAAAAUUUUAACAUCUCUCUGUGGACCCAGGAGAAUUCCAUGGGGCCUACCCUUGCCUCCAACUGCUCCCAUAGCCUACUUUGUU